AUGGAUAGCGGCCUUCUAGUGGAACCUUUACCACUGUUCGGCAAUUGUUGUUUAUGCCUUAAAUUAGAUGUUGUUAAAAGCAUGUUGGUGCCAGAAACUAAAGAUAAACAAAAGGAAAGUUAUUCGGAUAUGCUGUUAAAUUGUUUUUCCAUAGACCUUUCAAUUUUUGAAGUGGAAGACACAAAAUGUUUAAUUUGUAACCCCUGCAUAGAACAAUUGGGCACAUGUGUUAGGUUUAAGGAACAAGUUGACACUUCUCUCAAGUCUUUAGAAGCCGCGGCCAGGUUAAAAAGGGCAGAUGAAGCACUAGAUAAAGUAAAAGAAGAAUUGUCCAAAGACGAUGAAGCUAGUGAUGACGAUAUUAUUCUAAGUCAUUUCAAACAAGAGUCCAAUGACAGCGACUAUCAUGAAGACCUUCUAAGCGAUAUGCUGCUAAAGGAAGACUCCGACGAGUACGAACCGAGGAAGGCGCGGAAAAAGAUAACGAAAAAGAAAAAAAUGACCUACUCCAGCGUUUGCAAAAAAGUAGUCGACCUCGACGAAACGCUGGCUUUAGUAAACACGGGCCUCUUUCCCUUCAAAAUGAACAAAGACGACACCUUCUCUUGCGCGAUAUGCCCCGAGAAGGCCACCACCCUGGACGAACUGAGAUCCCACGUCACCCAGCAUAACACUGCGAACCUGGCGUCAGCCUUCAGAAAAAUGUCGUACUCCACCUCGCAAAAGUUCAAAAAGGACAAGAACUGUCUCCGCUGCAAGAGCUGUGACCUGGAGAUACGGAGCUUCGACGAAAUGAAACACCACAUAGACAUCUGCCUUCGCCUCGGCUGCAGGUGGAACCAGCUGCCCUUCAAGCUGGAAAAGGACCAGCUGGACUGCCCGAUAUGCAAGAAGACCUUCCUCAACUUCGUCACACUCAACACACACAUGAACGAGCACUACCCGAAUCAUACAUGUGAAAGCUGUGGGAAGGCUUUCGCGUCCCGGUCGAGACUACGAGGUCAUCUACGCACACACGAGAUAGGGAACUUCCCUUGUCGAUUCUGCGACCUGGUCUUCGAUAAGGUCACCAAGAGAGAGAACCACGUGUCGAAGGAGCAUAAGAGCGGCAUCAGAUACGUCUGCAAGCGUUGUAAUAUUUCCCUGACGUCGUUCUACGCGAGGCAAAAGCAUCUUGCUGAAGUGCAUAACGAAGAGCUGAAGAGGUACAAAUGCAAGGCGUGUACGCAGAGUUAUAUAACACCAGGUCAUCUGUCCAGCCAUGUGAGGAGAGAUCACCUUAACGAGAGAAACCACAAAUGCUCGAAGUGCGACCUGGCGUUCUACACAAGGAAUUCGCUAAAAAUGCACAUGAUCAAGCAUGAUGGGGAGCGGAUCCAUGUUUGUAGCAUAUGCAAUAAGUCGUAUCAGAGGAUGAAGACGUUAAGAGAGCAUAUGCGGAUACACAAUAACGAUAAGCGGUUCAUCUGCCCGGUGUGCGGGAGGGCGUUCACGCAGAAGUGUACACUGAAAGGGCAUCUUAAGGUGCAUCAACGGACUAAUGAAAUGACAUAA